CUUUUGUCGAUCAACUGUAUUGUUGCUGCACAAAGGGUGCAUUUACAGAUUAUUGUUUUGAAUAAGUAAGUUUACGUUCGCCUCGGGAACAUAGAUAACGUUAUUCUGCACGGAGUAGUGUCGGUGGAGGCCAAGAUGAUUGAGGUGGUGGCCUCUAUGGCCCGAGGCCCUGUUUUCCUGGCCGGGGAGCUCAUGGAGUGUCUGAUAACUUUCACCAACCCCAUGUCUCACCUGUCCACCUCUGCCAGCAGUGAGAUGCUGGCGUGGGCCAGUGCGCAGAUACACUGCCAGUUUCAUGCCAGUGAGAGCAGAGUGGCUCUGCCGGCUCAGGGCAACAAGCAGGAUGUCCAGGCUGAGAGUGACACUGUGCUUAUUCCUAGUAGAGGAGAGCGAGGACAGUGUGUGCUGGACACACCACCCAAGAUACUAUUCUGUGACCUGCGCCUGGAUCCCGGAGAGAGCAAAACCUAUUCAUACAGUGAGCUCGUACCCGUAGACGGCCCUCCUAGUUUCCGCGGUCAGGCGGUGAAGUAUGUCUACAAACUGACCAUCGGCUGCCAGAGGGUCAACUCUCCUAUCAAACUUCUCAGAGUUCCCUUCAGAGUGCUGGUUCUGCAGGGCAUGCCAGAACCUCCAUUUCCACAGGAUGAGGAGGUUUCCCCCUCUAACCCGUUCCUGGAGGAAGAGGAAGCGAGCCGCAGGGAUGCUCGGCCUUUGGAGAGAGCACUGGACAUGUUGAUGAUCACCACAUCAAGGCGCUGCCCACACAUGUUUAAUAUCACUAACAUGCGAGGGAAAGUGGCAAAGUUCUGCAUCUUCAAGACUGUUUACAGACUCGGAGAGGACAUCGUCGGCACAUUCAACUUCUCAGAGGGCGACAUUCCCUGCUUACAGUAUUCAGUGAGCCUCCAGAGCGAGGAGGAGAUCCAGCAGCAUUACCAGCGGCGUCCCGGCCAGGCUGUCAGCGUCACCGGACACGGACGGCACAUGGAGUCGUGCCUCCACACGGCCUCCAGCCACUUCUCCCUCCCCAUCCCCCUCAACGUCACACCAGGCUUCAGCACAGACAUAGUGGCUCUGAGGUGGCGCAUGCACUUUGAAUUUGUCACGGCUCGGGAACCUAUGGAACCGCCCACGGUCCACCAGAACCAGUCGGAGGUGACGGUUUGGUCCGGAGCGGAGCAUGUCGACGUGGAUACCUUCAGCUGGGAUCUUCCUAUCAAGGUCCUCCCUACCAACCCGGCCCUGGCAUCCUAUGUGUCCCAGUUCACAGGGACCAACAGCAUUAAUAUUUGACUGCUGCAUGUGUGAGACUGUAUGACGACGUGAGAACAUAAGACAUUAAAAAUUAUGUUUUUGAGCUUAUUAACAGAUGUUGGACAGAUGAUAGUGUGUGUGAGAGAGAGAGAGAGAGUGUGUGUGUGAGAGAGAGUGUGUGUGUGUGUGUUUUUCCAAAAAAGAGCUUUUAUUUUGUUUCCUUUGUGCAGAACUGAACUGAUGGAUGAUGCAUAUGUGAAAUAAUGCUACCUAUUUUUUGGCAUUAUUUUCAUGUGCAUUUUGCUGUGCAUCCUAACUUAACACAUCUUCCUUUUUGGAGGACCAACACAUGUGUGAAGUGCAGCUAUCUCCGUGACUGUUGUGCAUUUCUGUAUAUAUGUAAUUUCUUUUUUUACUUGUUUAUUCAACAGCCCACGGGCACACUUGUCCUUUCUCAUGUUAUAAAACAAAAUCCUUUAACUGUUUAACUGUCUUACUUUUAGUUUGAGCAAAGGCUGUAUUGAGA